AUGCAGGUAUUAGGUGAUGAAUGGAUUUGGGGCAGAUGGGGCUGUGCCAUUUUUAUCUUUCUGCAGUAUCUUGGAAUCAAUGCCUCAUCUCUGUCAAUAACGGCAUUUACCAUUGAGCGUUACAUUGCCAUAUGUCAUCCGAUGAAAGCUCAAUUCAUUUGCACCGUGAAUCGAGCCAAAAAGAUCAUCAUCGGGGUAUGGAUAUUUGCCUCCAUCUAUUGUAGUCCUUGGCUCUUCCUCACCAAGACAGCACCCAUAUAUUACAAGGGUUAUGAGGAUUUAGAAACGUGUACAUUCGCUUUAUCCAGAAAUCUUUAUGUCGGCUAUUUUAUGGCAGAUAUGGUUCUUUUUUACGCUUUCCCACUGCUUUUGUCGGUCAUUCUGUAUAGUCUCAUCGCUAAAAUUCUGUUCACAAACGAGAUUCCAAAGACUCCUGGCAAAAAGAAUGGUUCAACUCCGUUGUCUACAGGAGAUUCAAAGAAGUCCAACAACAACUAUAAUGCUAGAGUACAAAGAAAUAAAGAUAGGUCAAAACUACAAGGAUAUGGGAAAAACAAAAAGUACAGUGAUUUUGAUGAAAGUGAUUUGGUUGUGAAAAUGCUUAUAGUUGUAGUCGUACUGUUUGCAACUCUUUGGUUUCCCUACAGAUUCUUAGUGGUCUACAAUUCCUUUGCUUCAAACCGAUACAUGGAACUAUGGUUUUUGAUGUUUUGCAAAACUAUGAUCUUCAUUAACAGUGCGAUAAAUCCCAUUCUCUACAAUGCGAUGUCCAUCAAGUUCAGAAAAGCUUUUAAGAGGUUGCUUUCAUGUGGUCAGAAAGCUAGACCAAAUAUUCCCACAAGAUACACUACAGUUACUACAGCGAUGGGUGAUGAUGCUGUUUGA